AUGGCUACUUUUUCAAAAUCAAACUUCAAGACAUUGAACUACAAUUCGUUCCGUCCACAUUAUCCACCUUCUUUUUACAAUAUCUUGAGUCUGUACGUUCAAAAAGGGCAACAUCAGCAUGACUUACCUGUGGCAAAGGUAAUUGACUUGGGAUGCGGUACAGGUGUUGCGACGUAUCCUCUAUUGAACUUUGCUCGUCAUGUGAUUGGGUUGGAUUUAUCUCCAUCAAUGAUUGAAACUGCCAAUUCAUUAAUCGCAGAAAGGUUGAAAGAAAUGGGCAAAGAUCCUAAUGACUCCAGAAUAGAGUUCAAAGUGGGGUCUGCGGAAUCUUUUGUCAAUGACCGAAAUAACGUUGAAGCCGGGUCUGUGGAUCUAAUAACUGCUGCACAAUGUAUUCAUUGGUUUAAAGACUACGAUAGCUUUUUCCAAAGUACUGCCAAACUAUUGAAAUCUGGCGGAACUUUGGCUUACUUUUACUACAUUGACCCAAUGAUUGUUGAUUUUUCUGGCCCUUCUAAUGGCGAUAAAACUGAGAUUUUAGACAAGGCGUAUGAGAUCUACUUAAAGUAUGCGUAUAACGAUCCAAACUUGAUUGGUCCACAUUGGGAACAGCCCGGGCGUGGUAUCUUGAAAAACUUUUGCAAAGAGGUGAAUUCACAUAUCCUGGAGGAUUUAUUCACCGAUGUCACGAUAAAUACUUACAAAACAUCUGUGAAGAAUUCUCACGCUGAUGAUUCUAAGGACUUGGACUUGAAAAAAUUGAACAUUAGCUUGUAUCAGUACUUGUCAUAUUUUGAGACAUACAGCGGAUUUCACAACUACAAGGAAGAAACUGGAAAUGCGGAUUUGAUAAGAAAAGACUUUGUCAAAGAAUUGUUGGAUGCAACAGGGUGGGAUUUGGAAAAGACAAGAGUUGAUUUGGUGUGGAAUACAGGAUAUACGUUUGCUAGAAAGAGAUAA